AUGAUGGUGGAAUCAGACUCUGAUCACGGUCCAGAGUGUGUGUCUGUAUGCAACAAGUCUGCAACUCUGACAGGCCAAAGGCCACCGGUGCUGGUUAAUGCCUGGCUGGUCCCCACUUUCUUUGGCUUCAUCAUGCUGGUCGGUCUAGUUGGGAACUCUUUAGUGAUCCAUGUUAUCACCAAACACCAGAAGAUGAAGACUGUUUUCAAUUUCUUUAUAGUACUGUUGGCAGACACCACAGGUUUAAAAAGGUUUUGUUGCACAGUGAUAGUAACAAACAUACCUUGUGUUCCUGGUUUUCAGGUGACUGCACAGGCGCCAUGUAUCACCCUGUCAGCAAUGAGUGUCGACUGCUGCUACAUGACUUUGUACCCUCUGCAAUCUCUGAGACAUCGGACGCCUCGGAGGGCUCAGGCCAUCUCCCUGUCUAUCUGAAUAGGCUCCUUGAUUCUGUCCAUCCCUGUGCUGGAGGUGGGAUACUGCUGGUUCGGUCCUCAGACAUACUACAGUGAUGUUUUUCCCUCUGCCCACCUCCAGAGAGCUUUCACCAUCUACAGCUUUCUAGCUGUCUACCUCUUACCCCUGCUUACCAUCACUGCGUGUUAUGCCAUCAUGCUCAAGCGGAUGGGCCAGCCCAGCAUGAAUCCCAUUGGCAGUGGCUACCAAUGGGCACGAGUCUCUCGUAUGGUGGUGGUGAUGGUGUCUCUAUUCCUCAUCUGUUGGUACUGGAAGGAGGUUUGCAUCCUCCUGCAAGCUUUUGGCCUCCAGAGUUACAUCCUAUAUAAGCUGAAGAUUUGGGGUCACUGCAUGUCUUACUCCAACUCCUCUGUAAACCAGUUUAUGUAUGCUUUCACGGGCAACAACUUUAGAAAGGCUUUCAAGCAUGCCUUUCCUGCCAUUUUGCUGUGGCGCUCAAGAGGGAGAGUCAGAGUGGGAAACACAGACGCAGAGGAAGAAGUAGAGACGGAUCAUCGGGCACCCAAAGGAGAAGCAGAGAUGCACUUUCUUUCAUCUGGCCCCUAA